AUGGCAACAAACUACAAGCAGCCAGAGCACAAGCUCACCAUGAUUCCUGGUCCCAUUGAGUUUUCCGACUCUGUCUUGGGAGCAAUGGCCACUCCCUCCCAGGCGCACACGUCGCCUGAAUUCGUCCAGACCUUCCAGACGGUGUUGCAAAAUUUGCGUAAAGUGUUCAAGUCCACCGACAAGGACGCCCAGGGAUAUGUGGUUGCUGGCUCGGGCACUUUGGGCUGGGACGUUGCUGGCGCUAACUUGAUCAACAAGGGCGACAAGGUUCUUGUUUUGCUGACAGGUUUUUUUUCGGACUCGUUUGCUGAGGCCUUGAAGGUGUAUGAGGCUGACGUGGACGUCGUCACAGCUCCUGUCGGUGACGUUGUGCCCUUUGACCAGAUUGAGCAGCAGUUAAAGAAGGAGAAGUAUACUGCUAUCACUAUCACCCACGUGGACACGUCCACGGCGGUGGUUUCGGAUGUGGCCAAGAUUUCUGAAAUUGUCAUGAAGGUUUCUCCAGAAACUUUGAUCAUUGUUGACGGUGUGUGCUCUAUUGGUGUGGAAAAUAUUGAGUUCGACAAAUGGGGCGUUGACUUCGCCUUGACCGCUUCUCAAAAGGCUCUUGGAGUUCCUGCCGGGUUGCUGGUGUUCUUUGCUUCCUCCAGAGCCGUCAACAAGGCCUUGAACAAGGAGAAGCCGGCCGCUUUCUUUGCUUCGUUGAAGAAAUGGACUCCUAUCAUGAAAGCCUACGAAGGUGGCAGCGCCGCCUACUUUGCAACCCCAGCCAUCCAGACUAUCACUGCUCUUAAGGUGUCCUUGGACGAGAUCUUAGGUCAGACUUUGGAUGGCAGAUACGCCAAGCAUGAGGAGACUUCCACCAAGUUCAAGAAGGAGAUCGAGGCCUUGGGAAUGAAGCUCGUGCCCGUGAACCACUCUGUUGCUGCCCACGGUCUUACUGCAGCUUACUUCCCCGAGGGUGUUUCUGGCCCUGAUUUCUUGGGCAAGUUGGCCAGCAAAGGCUUUACUGUCGCUGGCGGCAUUCACAAGGCCUUGGUGGGCAAAUACUUCCGUGUAGGCCACAUGGGCUUCUCUGUGUAUGAGGGUCAUGUGGACAGGUUACUUGCUGCUAUCAAGGAAACGUUGAAGGAGUUGAAGUAA